AUGCUGAAGUUUAAGUACGGAGUGCAGAGCCCUGCCAAGUUAGGUGUGAUGGAGUCUAUUGCCAGCCGUGCCUCUCGACUUAACCUACUUUUUCAGGGGAAACUACCCUCUGUGGCACAACAGCAGAUGUCUCUGCUUUCCAGGGAAGGAAUCUUGGACUCCCUAAUGGUGCUUUUUGAAGAAUGCAGCAACCCCGCUUUAAUGAAAAUCAAGCAAGUGGGCAGCUUUAUGAAAAAGUAUUCAGGUUCAAUAGCAGAGUUCCAGGAACUUCAGCCCAGUGUGAAGGACUUUGAAGUCAAGAGCCUGGUGGGACGCGGUCACUUUGCAGAAGUGCAGGUCGUGAGAGAGAAGGCAACUGGCGACGUCUAUGCCAUGAAAGUGAUGAGCAAGGCAGCUUUGCUGCAGGACCCUGUAUCAUUCUUUGAAGAAGAGAGGAAUAUAUUAUCCCAGAAUACUAGCCCUUGGAUUCCGCAGCUAUAUUAUGCCUUUCAGGACAAAAAGAACCUCUAUUUGGUUAUGGAAUAUGAGCCUGGAGGGGAUCUUCUGUCAUUCUUAAACAGAUAUGAGGAUCAGCUGGAUGAAAGCAUAGUUCAGUUUUAUCUGGCAGAGCUAGUUCUGGCUAUUCACAGUGUCCAUCAAAUGGGCUACGUACAUCGAGAUAUUAAGCCAGAAAAUAUCCUCAUUGAUCGAACAGGACAUAUAAAGUUGGUGGACUUUGGGUCAGCUGCCAAAAUGACAGGGGAUAAAAUGGUGAAUGCUAAGCUUUCAGUUGGCACCCCUGAUUAUAUGGCCCCAGAGGUGCUUAUGGUUUUGAAUGGUGAUGGCAGGGCUUCCUAUGGACCAGAAUGUGACUGGUGGUCUCUAGGGGUGGUUGCCUAUGAAAUGAUCUACGGAAAAUCUCCAUUUACUGAAGGAACUUCAACCAAAACCUUCAAUAACAUCAUGAAUUUUCAGAGGUUCCUGAAGUUCCCCAAGGAUGUGAAAGUCAGCAAUGAAUUCCUUGAUCUGAUGCAGAGUUUACUUUGUGGGCAGAAAGAGAGACUAGAUUACGAAGGCAUCUGCUGUCAUCCAUUCUUUUCUACCAUAGACUGGAAUUGCAUCUGUAACUCUCCUCCCCCCUUCGUGCCUACCAUCAAGUCCGAUGAUGACACCUCAAAUUUUGAUGAACCAGAGAAGAAUUCACGAUUUGUGCCCCCGGUGUGCCAGCUGAGCCCUGCAGGCUUCUCAGGAGAAAAUUUGCAAUUUGUGGGGUUUUCCUUCAUCAAGGCAUUGGGGAGCCUCCGAUCUGAGUCUGUAUUGGGGUUGGAUUCUCCAGCCAAGCUGAACUCCAUGGAAAAGAAACUUCUCCUUAAGAGUAAAGAGUUGCAAGACACCCAGGAUAAGUGCCACAAGAUGGAGCAGGAAAUGACGCGCUUGCACCGCAGAGUAUCGGAGGUGGAGGCUGUACUUAGCCAAAAGGAGGUGGAACUGAAAGCCUCCGAGACACAGCGAUCCCUCCUUGAACAGGACCUGGCUACCUACAUCACAGAAUGCAGUAGCUUAAAGCGAAGUCUGGAGCAGGCUCGGAUGGAAGUGUCUCAGGAGGAUGACAAAGCACUGCAGCUCCUUCAUGAUAUCAGAGAACAGAGCCGGAAGUUGCAGGAGAUCAAGGAACAGGAGUAUCAAGCCCAGGUAGAAGAGAUGAGGUUGAUGAUGAAUCAGUUAGAAGAGGAUCUUAUUUCAGCGCGUAGGCGGAGUGAUCUUUAUGAAUCUGAAUUGAGAGAGUCCCGACUAGCUGCUGAAGAGUUCAAACGUAAAGCCACAGAAUGUCAUAACAGGCUUCAGAAGGUUAAAGAUCAAGGGAAAACAGAAAUAGGAGAGCUGUACUCCAAACUGGAGAAGGUCAAUGCAGAGCAACAGGUCAAAAUCCAGGAACUCCAAGAAAAGCUGACAAAGGCUAUGAAAGCCAGUUCAGAGGCCACUGAACUCCUUCAGAACAUACGCCAAGCAAAAGAGAGAGCAGAGAAGGAGUUGGAGAAACUGCAGAACCGGGAAGACUCAAAUGAAGGCAUGAAAAAGAAAUUGCUUGAAGCUGAGGAAAGGCGCCAUUCUCUGGAGAACCAGGUGAAGAGGCUUGAGACAGUGGAACGUAGAGAGAACCGACUGAAAGAAGAUAUCCAGACUAAAUCUCAACAAAUCCAGCAGAUGGCAGAUAAAAUUCUGGAACUAGAGGAGAAGCAUCGGGAGGCACAGCUUGCGGCGCAGCACCUGGAGUUACAUCUGAAGCAGAAGGAGCAGAUGUAUGAAGAAAGGAUCAAAGUUCUGGACAACCAAAUGAAAAAAGAUCUUGCGGACAAAGAGGCACUUGAGAGUCUUUUGAGAAAACAUGAGGAAGAAGCCCGGGAAAAAUGCAAGAUUCUUGCUGAACAGAAAGCAAUGCUGAAUGCUAUGGAUUCAAAGAUUAGAUCUCUGGAACAGAGAAUAGUGGAACUGUCUGAAGCUAAUAAGCUUGCCGCAAAUAGCAGUGUAUUUACGCAGAGGAACAUGAAAGCCCAAGAAGAAAUGAUUUCUGAGCUCAGACAGCAGAAGUUUUAUCUGGAAACACAAGCUGGGAAGCUGGAAGCCCACAACAAUAAGCUGGAGGAACAGCUGGACAAAAUCAGCCAUCAGGACCACACUGACAAGACACGUCUGUUGGAGUUGGAAACCAGAUUGCGAGAGGUUAGCCUUGAACAUGAAGAACAAAAAUUGGAAUUGAAGCGGCAGCUCACAGAAUUACAGCUCACCCUCCAGGAGAGGGAAUCUCAGAUUUCAGGGUUGCAGGCUGCCCGGGCAGCCCUGGAAAGUCAGCUCCGGGAGGCCAAAACAGAGCUAGAAGAGACUACAGCUGAGGCAGAGGAGGAAAUCCAGGCUCUGACGGCACAUAGAGAUGAAAUCCAGCGUAAAUUUGAAGCCCUUCGUAAUAGCUGCACAGUGAUUACAGACUUGGAAGAACAGCUGAACCAGUUGAGUGAGGACAAUGCUGAGCUGAACAAUCAGAACUUCUUUCUGUCCAAGCAGUUAGAUGAGGCAUCAGGAGCAGGCGACGAGGUGGUCCAGUUGCGAAGCGAGGUUGACCAUCUUCGUCGUGAGAUCACGGAGCGAGAGAUGCAGCUCACCAGUCAGAAACAGACAAUGGAGGCCUUAAAGACAACCUGCACAAUGCUGGAAGAGCAAGUGAUGGACCUGGAGGCUUUGAAUGAUGAACUUCUAGAGAAGGAGCGUCAGUGGGAGGCGUGGAGAAAUGUCUUAGGAGAUGAGAAGACCCAGUUCGAAUGCCGGGUUCGAGAACUACAGAGAAUGUUAGAUACGGAGAAACAAAGCAGGGUGCGAGCAGAUCAGCGCAUCACAGAAUCACGCCAGGUGGUAGAGCUUGCAGUUAAAGAACAUAAAGCAGAGAUCUUGGCUCUCCAGCAGGCAUUAAAAGACCAAAAACUGAAAGCCGAGAGUCUUUCUGACAAGCUCAGUGAUUUGGAGAAGAAGCACGCCAUGCUGGAGAUGAAUGCUCGUAGCCUGCAGCAGAAACUCGAGACGGAACGCGAGCUCAAGCAGAGGCUGCUGGAAGAGCAAGCAAAGCUGCAGCAGCAAAUGGAUUUGCAGAAAAAUCACAUUUUUCGGCUGACUCAAGGCCUACAGGAGGCUUUGGAUAGGGCCGAUCUUUUGAAGAAUGAGCGAAGUGACCUGGAGUACCAGCUAGAAAAUAUCCAGGUUCUGUAUUCCCAUGAAAAGGUGAAAAUGGAGGGCACAAUUUCACAACAAACCAAGCUUAUUGACUUUCUGCAAGCAAAGAUGGACCAGCCAGCCAAAAAGAAAAAGGGCCUGUUUAGUCGACGGAAAGAGGACCCUUCUUUACCCACACAGGUUCCUCUGCAAUACAAUGAGCUGAAGGUGGCACUGGAGAAGGAGAAGGCCCGCUCUGCUGAGCUGGAGGAGGCCCUUCAGAAGACUCGCAUCGAGCUCAGAUCAGCUCGAGAGGAAGCUGCCCAUAGGAAAAUUACAGACCACCCUCACCCAUCCACUCCUGCCACGGCCAGGCAGCAGAUCAUCAUGUCUGCCAUAGUCCGGUCACCUGAGCACCAGCCCACGCCCAUCAGCCUGCUUGCUCCUCCCUCAAGCCGCAGAAAGGAGUCCUCCACGCCAGAGGAGUUUAAUCGGCGUCUGAAAGAACGGAUGCAUCACAAUAUUCCUCACCGGUUCAAUGUGGGGCUGAACAUGAGGGCAACAAAAUGUGCGGUUUGCUUGGAUACUGUGCACUUUGGACGUCAGGCCUCUAAAUGUCUUGAAUGCCAGAUGAUGUGUCAUCCAAAGUGCUCGACCUGUUUGCCAGCUACUUGUGGCUUGCCAACUGAGUAUGCCACCCAUUUCUCUGAAGCCUUCUGCCGGGACAAACUGAACUCUCCAGGUCUUCAACUGAAAGAGCCUAGCAGCACUUUACGGCUGGAAGGAUGGAUGAAGGUGCCAAGAAAUAAUAAGCGUGGGCAGCAGGGCUGGGACAGGAAGUAUAUAGUUUUGGAAGGAACCAAAGUGCUUGUUUAUGACACAGAAGCAAGAGAAGCUGGACAAAGACCUGUGGAGGAGUUUGAGCUGUGUCUUCCAGACGGAGAUGUUACUGUCCACGGAGCUGUGGGAGCAACAGAGCUUUUAAAUACAGCUAAGACAGAUGUGCCAUAUAUCUUAAAGCUGGAGUCUCAUCCCCAUACCACGUGUUGGCCUGGCCGGACCCUCUAUUUGUUAGCAUCCACGUUUCCUGAUAAGCAGCGUUGGGUCAGCGCACUGGAGUCUGUAGUAGCUGGAGGAAGAGUUUCCAGGGAAAAGGCUGAGGCUGACGCUAAGCUUCUGGGAAAUUCUCUCCUGAAGCUAGAGGGGGAAGACCGUUUGGACAUCAACUGCACACUGCCCUUCAGCGACCAGGUAGUACUGGUGGGUGCUGAAGAAGGUCUUUACGCCCUGAAUGUGCUGAAGAACUCUUUAACGCACGUCCCUGGGAUUGGUGCUGUUUUCCAAGUGCACCUGAUCAAGGACCUGGAAAAACUGCUCAUGAUAGCAGGUGAGGAGCGGGCACUGUGUCUCGUUGACGUGAAGAAAGUUAAGCAGUCGCUAGCCCAGUCCCACCUACCAGCUCAGCCGGAUGUCUCGCCAAAUGUUUUCGAGGCCGUGAAAGGGUGCCAUCUUUUUGCUGCUGGAAAGAUUGAGAACGGGCUGUGCAUCUGCGCGGCGAUGCCCACCAAAGUGGUCAUUUUGCGCUAUAACGAGGGCCUCGGCAAGUUCUGCAUCAGGAAGGAGACUGAAACCUCAGAGCCCUGCAGCUGCAUUCAUUUCACCAAUUACAGCAUCAUCAUCGGAACAAAUAAGUUUUAUGAAAUUGAAAUGAAGCAGUAUACCCUUGAAGAAUUCCUGGACAAGAACGACCAUUCCUUAGCUUCUGCCUUGUUUGCAUCGUCCACUAACAGCUUUCCAGUCAACAUCAUCCAGGUGAAUCCUGCUGGGCAGAGGGAGGAAUAUCUCCUUUGCUUUCAUGAGUUUGGCGUCUUCGUAGACUCUUACGGGAGACGCAGCCGCUCCGAUGACUUGAAAUGGAGCCGUCUGCCUUUAGCAUUUGCUUACAGGGAGCCGUACCUGUUUGUGACCCACUUCAACUCGCUCGAGGUGAUUGAGAUUCAAGCACGUGCCUCUCUCGGCACUCCAGCUCGCGCUCACCUGGAUAUCCCCAGCCCCCGCUACCUGGGGCCGGCAAUUUCAUCAGGAGCCAUUUACCUGGCCUCUUCCUACCAGGACAAACUGAGAGUCAUUUGCUGCAAGGGGAACUUGGUGAAAGAAUCCAACAAUGAACACCACCGGGGAUCCUCAACCACACGCAGCAGCCCAAACAAGAGAGGUCCCCCAACAUAUAACGAGCACAUAACCAAGCGGGUCGCCUCAAGCCCCGGACCUCCGGAAGGUCCGAGCCACCCUCGAGAGCCAAGCACACCCCAUCGCUAUCGAGAGGGACGGACGGAGCUCCGCAGGGACAAGUCUCCUGGGCGCCCGCUAGAGAGGGAGAAAUCUCCUGGCAGGGUCCUGAGCACCCGUAGGGAACGGUCGCCCGGGAGGCUGUUUGAGGAGAGCAGCAGGGGACGGAUGCAGGCGGGGGGCGCGAGGACUCCCCUCUCCCAAGUCAACAAGGUCUGGGACCAAUCUUCAGUAUAA